AUGAGCAUCGCCGCCGAUCUGGAGCGCGCUACUGCGAGCCUCGCAGCGCUCUGUCGUCGCAGCUUCGGUCCUUGUGGAGAGGAGACGCUGCUGUUCCGUCCUCCAGACGCUCCCGUUGUUACGGGCGAGGGCCAUGCGGUGCUUGCGGCCUUGAAGCGCGGAUCCGAUGCGUGUGACCCAUUGACGACCUUCCUGCUCUCUGCAGCGGAUGGAGUGCACAAGCAAUUGGGCGACGCUUCUAGCGAGUUUAUUCUGCUGGUGGACGCGGCCACGAGGCAUGCAGCUGAAGGUCUGAGGAGAGAGCAGGAUACUCGGAGUGACGUCGAUCGCGCUCGGAUGUCUCGGGCGUUCUCUGGGCUGAAGUGGGAGCUGCAACGUGAGAUGCAGAAGAUCUCUGGGUUGCAACUUGCUGUACCAGUUGAAGUGGACUGCGAGACAAUGCAGCCGUCAAAGCAGUUUCGUGUGACGAGUGCCACGAUUGUGAAGUCGGCGCUUGGAGGCGUGCUUGGUGAACGAGCAGUGGAUUUUGUGGUCGAGUUGGUAUUGAAGUGGGUCUUUACUGCAAUGGACAAAGGCCUGUUCCGGCGAGUGCAGCAAUAUUUGAAACUCGCUCCCGACGCAAUAAUCCACAUGGCGGCGCCGUCAGUAUAUGGCUCGUACGUGGUCCCCUGUGAAGAUUUUAUUUUGAAAAAGUCGGUAGUGACAUCGCAGCCCCCGGGGAUACUCGACCGGUGUCAAGGAUCGGUGAGAUUUGUGUGCUUCACGUGCCCGCUUUCGUUGACUGCUGGAUCAAAUCAUGUCGAGCUCGCAAUGUCCGAAGAUGAAGAGCUAUUCACAGCCCAUGACGCAGCACAUUUGUUCAUCUCGAAGUUCGUGCGACGACUGCGCGACCAACAUCACGUUCAGGUUAUCGUAAGCACAGAAGCUCUUGACGAGAGCGUAGUUGCCGUUUGCACCCGCCAAGAUAUCGCCUGUGUCCAGCUUGCUGAGCCAGAAGAUGUCGAGGCACUAUGCACUAUCGGUGGGACAUUCCCACUUGCCAGCGUUUUCGACAACAUUGAAAAUACGAAAUACGUAGGCGUGUGCACCAGUGGAGUCUCCAGACACCGCCAUCAGGAGGUUGUGGUCCCUCAACUGUUGAUUCAUGCUCCGACAAAAGGCGUCUACAAACAGUACUACGCAGCGAUUGUCAAGAGUCUGCGGGUGCUCAGAAGUUGGUGGGAGCCACUCCAUGCGGAUAGCACCCAGCACCCUCAGCACUCAAGCACGGUCUAUUGUUGCAGAGGGGGUGGGGCUACGGAACUCGCUGUCGCGCGGUGGCUGCAAGCUGGAAGUAAUAAGCUCUCCAGUGUACCUCGCGAUGGCGUUAUGCAGACACUCGCCAGACAGGUUCUCGCCAAUGCCCUGAUCGAAGUCGUUGGCGUAUUGAGAAGCAACUUGAACAAUACUUGCUCAAGCGCAAGCGAAGAAGAACUCACCUCUAGUCAGCCCACUGGUAACCAGAGGCAAGUUCUUCUUGAAGCCUUUAGCAGCUUGAAACUGCAAGAGCCUCAAGUUUUUCACGGAUACACGCUCAAUUAUGCUCGAGCUGUACAGACACUGGCUGGACCCAUUCAGAUCCCCCAACUCGUUAUUGGGGAUCCAGAGGCGUACGGGCUUAUCCACCCCUGGCGACGGAUUGACACGCUGUUGUUCCUCGUACUGCAGACCCUUGAGCAGCUCUUCCGGAUCGAUAGGGUCUUUUCCAAGACAACCCCAGGCGUCACAUCUACAAGCACAAACAAUUAA